AUCGUGUACGCAGAGGGUUUAAUGUCACCUUGGAGAUAGAUUUUUUUUUUAUUGGUGUGUGUUUCCCAGAGUGGAGUGUGCUUGUGGCGUGGGUGUUGCGUGUUGUGAGUGUGAGUUUGUAACUGCUGUUAGUGAUGUUGCAGCGGGGCGUCCGGAUCUUGUGUAGCAGGACUUCACAGCGGCAGAUGCAAUCAAGAAUGUUGAUGUCCAAGAUACUGAAAGCUCUUUCGUCAUUUUUUGGAAGCAAGAGCAAUUUUGCAACUAAAGCAGACUUUGAAACAAAGCCAUUUCGUCUACACAAACUCGAUUCUGGCCCAACUACACAAGUUAGUGUGACACGUGAUGAAGCACUUAUGUUGUAUAAGCAUAUGCAUGUUAUCCGUCGAAUGGAAUCGGCUGCAGGAAAUUUAUACAAGGAAAAAAUUGUACGCGGAUUUUGUCACUUGUAUUCUGGUCAGGAGGCAGUUGCAGUGGGAAUGAAAGCUGCUCUCAGGCCACAGGACAGUGUAAUCACUGCCUACAGAGCUCAUGGUUGGACUUACCUGAUGGGAAUUCCACCAUCAGUCGUUCUGUCAGAGCUUACGGGGAGGAAAUCAGGCUGUGCAAGAGGAAAAGGAGGAUCUAUGCACAUGUAUGCCGAUAACUUCUAUGGUGGAAAUGGAAUUGUUGGAGCUCAAGUUCCCUUAGGUGUUGGAAUUGCUUUUGCACACAAAUACCAGGGCUCAGAUGCCGUGUGUGUUGCUCUGUAUGGUGAUGGAGCUGCCAAUCAAGGACAGAUCUUUGAGGUUUACAAUAUGGCCAAACUCCUGAAUCUACCUUGUAUAUUUGUUUGUGAGAAUAAUGGCUAUGGAAUGGGAACAAGCGUAGAACGAGCAUCUGCAAGUACAGCAUAUUAUACAAGAGGAGACUACAUUCCAGGAUUAUGGGUAGAUGGAAUGGAUGUUUUGGCAACAAGAGAAGCUACUCGUUUUGCAAUUGCACACUGUCUCAGUGGUAAGGGACCAAUUGUCUUAGAAGCUGCAACAUAUAGAUACAGUGGUCAUUCAAUGUCUGAUCCUGGAACUAGUUAUCGAACAAGAGAAGAAAUACAAGAAGUAAGACAAACAAGAGAUCCUAUAACAUCCUUCAAAGAAAAAAUAAUUAAUGCAGAGCUGGCUACUUCAGAAGAAUUGAAGAAACUGGAGAGUGAAAUAAGAACAGAAAUUGAUGAUGCAGUUAAGUUAGCAAAGUCUGAAAAGGAAUGUAACUUGGAAGAACUGACAGCAGACAUUUAUGCUAGUUCACAGGAGAUUUCAGUCAGAGGUACUCUGCCAUGGAACAGUUUGAAACAUAAGAAUAUAGGGAAACCAAAAAAUUUGUGAGGUUGAAGUAUUUGUCACUUGUUGGUGUAGUGAACUCUAAUGUGAUCUGUACAUAUAUUUAAUGUGCUGUAAAGUGAUCCAAGCAGUUUUAAAAUUCUGUUGUGUGGUAUUAUAAUUGUUGUUAUAUUUAUCACAAAUAAUUCACAGUUUUAUUGUUGCAUUGUAAUCAUUGUUGCCACUGUUUACGUAAGGACAGUUGUUGUUCUCAGAUAAAAAAUUUUGUAAGUUUCUUUUAUGAGGAAGUAUUAGUUUCAUAAAUAGUGUAUAGAAUAGGAGUAGGGAGUAGAUAUUCAUAAAUUGUCCAUUCAUUCACUGCCAGUUGCACCAAACCUGAGAAAUGGUCAUUGUGACAAUUUAAUUCAAUUUCUUGGAUAAAAACUCCAAAAGCUGCCAUUGUUUAAACGUUAAUGAUAUUUGUUCUCCAAAAAUGUCCUGUAGGGAGGAUAUAUAUUUUGUAAUUGUGACUGUGGCAGGUGCUAGAUGAUGGACAUACAAAUUCCAUGUUGUGACUGUUAUGUUACCAUAAACUGUGCAUUUAAACUCAAUUCUCAUGAUGAUUUGUGAAAAAAUUGUACUGCUUAGCAAAGAUUCUAGCAUUUAUAUUUAGAUAGCCAUAGUUGAACUUUUUUUCUUCCAAGUUUAUUUAGUUGAUACUGAUCACUCAUGUAAUGUUAUGAAGCUUUUUAUACAUUUAACUACCGCAUUUAACAACAUUUGCUAUCUGUUUUUGUGGAAAUGUAACAAUCCUGCUUAUUUGACCUGCUAAUGUGUGGCUUUUAGUUCAUUGAGCAAAAACAGAUUAUUACUAAGUUUAUUGUUGCCAAAUUUUCAGGUCGCAGAGAUUUUUAGUAACUAAAUGUGUCAUAAUAUUAUUAUUUCAUGUUUGAUACAAAAUGUUGGGUACUUUGUUGCUUUUGAAUUAGUAAGUCAAAAGUGAGGUUAUUGGUCAUAGAUUCCACUGUAAAAGUGUUGUUCUUAUGAGAAGACAGACUAUAAUAUACACAUACACACACAGUAGUUUCAGGGACUAAGCCCACUCCCCUCACAAUUCUCUCUCUCUCUCUCUCUCUCUCUCUCUCUCUCUCUCUCUCUCUCUCUCUCUCUCUCUCACACACACACACACACACACACACACACACAGCCAAAAGCUGACACACAAGAAUGCUACUGUGGACAGGCCCAAUGCAGUGCAAUGCAAAAUACACAAUUUAUAGGACUGUUAGUAUGAUACACGAAUUCGUGCAAGCAGGUGUUUGACAGCUGCCUCAUGGAAUACACCAUUCACAGUCUGGCUGUAAGUUUGGAAGUGCGAGUUUGCAAAAUAAAUAAUUCCUCAAGAAUUGAAAAAUGCACUGAGCAUGGUCUUCACCUCUUGAUUUUGAUGCGCACAUUUUCGUCAUGUGGCCCUAUUCUAUUUACCACCACUUAGGUAAUUGUUUUUUUGACAAAUGGUAUUCUGAACACCAAGUUUAAUCUCUCAUGAUUAUGUACAACUUUGUACACACCUUUUACAUACCAAACUAGCCUUGCAUGACACUGUUGAAGCUUGCCUUCAGUCAUACAAACUCAACCUCCUGUGCAUGCAAAAUUUAAUUUCUUUCUUUUGGCACAUUGGAUACUUACCAGUCUCCCAGUAUAUGGACUGUCUCCUAAGGUCUCAACGAUUUUUAAAAUAUGAAAACAUUUCAGGUAACUUGCUUAGAGUCAACUAUUUUUAAUAAUUUUUGCAUCAUUUCAUACAUUUCAGCCAUCUUUUUCUCAUGUUCAAAACAAAAUGUAGAGCAAUGUGCCACAGUUCUUUUUGAAACCAUGACAAAGAAUAAACGUGCAGCACUGCGGUUCUUGUGUGCUAGAGGCAGGUAAUUCAGACUACACAGUUUCGCAUUUGUUCAGAUCAUAGCAUCACUUGUUUCUCAUGCAAAGAUCAAAGAUUCAGUUCCACAAAUAGCCUCCAGGCUUUGUGCGUAGCUUUACUUGACGAUUGACCUCAAGUGAAUGUUUCGUACUUUCUUUGUACAGGAACUCCCAAUAGAGCUGCACUACACAGAACUCAUUCACUGUAUGUUGUCAACAUGAACCAGGAAGUCUUAUAAGGGACUUCCUGUUCAGGCACACAUGUGCAGCUGCAUGUCGUGGCCACAAACUACUUAUAAAGGUCAUUCCCAUAAACAUAAAUCCUUGACAUUAAUUAAUGACUAACUGUUUACAAAAGAAAUAAUCGAAGAGUAAUUUCUGUCUGCAAGUUACCUGUAUUUUGUGUAGGUGACACUUCCUUAAGCAUCCAGCAGUAAUAUCAAGUAUCUUUUGUCCAUAUCCAAUACAGAACAAUAAAUGUAUGAUGCAAAACUAAAAAAAAAUCAUUUUUAUGUAAUCUAUGCUUUUUUAUGUAUUGUAAGCUAAGUCAUGUAUUUGUUAGCAACAAAUACAAUUUUAUGGUGCUUUAAAGUUAUUCUAAACUAAUUUAUUCACAGUGGCAUUUUAGCAAUCUUCAUUUUGAUAGUGUAAACCUAUUUAUUGUAACAUGACAGUGUGGUAAGAGGUCUGUCAUCUCAUUAGAAAGUAAAUAUUUACUACUGAGUCAGUAAUGAAAUAUUCUUAUUAAGAGAAUUGGAUUGUACCUACAUACAGAAACAUGCAUUAAAUAACAUUGUGUGAGUAGUAGCUUCGUAAUUAAUGUUAAAGUACAUUUUUCACUUUUUGUCACUUUUGUUGCAAUAGCUUAUUGUAUAUUGUUACAUUUUUAAGAAAACUGUAGCAUUCCAUUUUAUUAUGCAGUUCUAAACUGCUUUAUUUAUUGAGUCUCUUUACAAAAUGUGCCAUUUUUCUGUCUGUAGCAAGUUCUCUUCAUUGGUUUAUAAAAUGUCAAUGAAUGUACUCUAUGUUGUUCAGUUGCAGUUUUCAAAAUAAUGCCAGCAGAUCUGCCAAUUUUGUGAAAUGUUGUUAAAACACACCGCAGUUAAUAAAAACAGUUCCUAGAUAUAAA